AUUUGAACGCUUCCUGUUGUCCUGGUACGUCACGUCCUGCUAUUACAGUUCCGGAAGCUGGAGUCAGAAAUGUUGCGAGUCGUUGCGGAAUAAACUAUUGAUUUAACACUGGAGACGCUGCAAAUUACUUUAUCGUUCCAGAGCUAGAUACGUAGAAGAAGAAGGUGGUCAUGGAAGAGCAGACUACGGAGAUCGAGGUGACAGUGAAGACAUUGGACUCCCAGAGCAGGAGUUACUCUGUCUCCGGCCAGCUGACUGUGAAGGAAUUCAAGGAGCACAUUGCGGUAUCGGUUGGCAUCCCUGUGGAUAAACAGAGACUCAUCUACCAGGGCAGAGUUCUACAGGAUGAAAGGACGCUGGCGGACUACAAUGUGUCGGGGAAGGUGAUCCAUCUGGUGGAGCGCGCCCCGCCCCCGGCCUCCCAGCCCGGGGCGGACUCUGGGUCGGGUUCAGCCGACGGCGGGACCUCCUCCGCCCCGCAGGGCCCGCCCCAGGGGCCCCCCCAGGGCCCUCCGCACGACCGCAAUGCCAACAGCUACGUUAUGCUGGGCACCUUCAACCUGCCCGUCAACCUCAUGGACCCCCAGCACAUACAGAUGUCCGUUCAGCAGCUCAUGUCAGGUCUAGGAGAGAACGCCAGGAACGCCAGAGUGACCACAAGCACUGGGAAUGGAUCGAUGAAUGUCCACAUCGACAUGGACCAGUCAGUGCAGAGCGAGCCCAGGCUACGGCUCCUAUUGGCCGAGAACCUGCUGAGGGAUGCCAAUGAACUCAUCACGAGGAUGGAGGCUCAACCAUCCAGCAGCUCUCACCCAGAGCCCCCUCCUUCUGCCGCUGCUCCUGCCGCCGCGGUGCCGGCUGCAGCUCCUCCCGCUGCCGCGGUUCCUCCUGCCCCGUCCUCCCCCUCCUCCACCCCGUCUCCCUCUGCCCAGCCCAUGGACACCUCCCCUCCCUCCGGCACCCCCCCGCCCCAACCGUCAGCUCCUGGCCAACCAGAAGGCCCCACACCCCAAGCCGGGCCCAACCACCCCAGCCCAGUGGAGCUGCUCCAGAUGCUGGCGGAGCUCCGCAGGGUGGAGGAGCGCCUGCAGCCGUUCAUCCAGAGGGCUCACACCGUCCUGGAGAGCGCCACCUCCGCAGAGUACAGCAACACUGAGCGGGAGGAGGACCAGCGCGUCCUCAACCUGGUGGGGGAGGCUCUCCGUCUCCUCGGUAACGCCCUGGUGGCCCUCAGCGACCUGCGCUGCAACCUGCUGAGUCCCGCCCCCCGCCACCUGCACGUGGUACGACCCAUGUCUCACUACACCAACCCCGGAGCACUCCAUCAGAUUCCCCUGCAGAUGAACAUGGGCGCCACAGUGACGAUGGCGGCCAACGGCGCUGACGGACAGGCCCCGCCCACACAGCCCACCGCCCAAUCGGAGCAGGCCGGACCGGGACAGACGCCCUCGGCCAAUCAGCAUCCGGGCCCUGCCGGCCCCCGGGUCAUCAGGGUCAACCACCAGGCGGUUCCCGUGGUGAUGAUGCAGAUGAACCCUGAUGGUUCUGCUGUGAACGCCCCAACUGGACAGGCGGUUCCCGGGCAGCCAGGUCUUCCACCAGACUUCAUGCGGAACCUGAUGCAGCAGAUCAGCCAGUAUGCCGCUGCCGUGGCAACGAGCGCCGUGACCGGCCAACCGAUCCCUGAAAACGUCACCCCCCCCGGCGCCGGCACCCCCACCACCGCCGACCCGACCGGCAGCCCCGCGCACCCUCAGCCCCACCCCCAACCGCAGCCCAGGGUGGUGUUCACCAGGCCCACCUUCACCCCGCCAGCACCCCCGCCUCCCUUCAGCGGUGGAACCUUCCACAUGAGGCCCGGGGUUCCCGGACAGCCGUUCAACCAGAUGAUGAAUGACCUGGUGAGACCCCUCCUGGUACCGGGGCAGACCGGAAACACGGGCACACACACCUCUUCGUCGUCGUCCUCCUCCUCCUCUUCUUUCUCCUUCUCCUCCUCCUCCUCUGGCCCAGCUGCCCCUCCCACCUCGGAGAGUGGCGCUCCGCACGGCCAAUCACAGACGGGCAGCGGCCAGGCCCUGCCCCCAGACCUCAGCCAGCUGCUGGGCUCCCUGCUGGGGGGCGUGGCCGGGGCCUCGGCUCCGCCCAUCACCAUCACUUCCUCCUCCUCCUCAUCUGGGGUUCCCGCCUUCAUCCAGGGAGUCAACGACUUCAUGCAGCAGGCCUCCCAGCCUGUGUUCACCGCCCCUCCUCCCCCUGCAGGUCCCCAGGGCCCCGCCCCCCCGGGCACAGGCCCCCCCCCCCCGGGCGCAGGCCCCGCCCCCCCAGGUGUGGCGGUGGACUCUGAGUUCUUCACGGGGAUCGUGCGUGGGGUCCUGACCUCCAUGAUGGGCCCGCUGGGCCAGGGGCAGGGAGACACGGAGAGCAUCGCCCAGUUCAUCCAGAGGCUGUCCCAGUCCAGCAACCUGUUCACCUUCUCAGAGGAGACCUCUGGGUUCUUUGGGGAGCUGCUGACGCUGGUGUUCCAGAGCUUCAGUAUGUCCGACCUGGUCCUGCUGCUCCACGGACAGCACCAGCCCCUGGGCCGCAUCCAGCCGGAGCUGGCCCACUUCUUCACCCACAGCUACCUCAACGACCAGGAGCCCACUGACCACAACAUCACUGCCGCUGCGGACACUCUGGUGAAUGAGCUGGAGGAAUACAUUACAGAGAGCUUUAGAGAGUCCUCGGUCAGCGUGGUGGAAGGGGUGGACAUCACCCAGACCAACAUGUCCUGUUUCAGACAGCAGCUGGCCCGCAUCGCCACGCACAUCCUGCGCUGCACAGACGAGAGCUUCGGCCCGAGGUUGCUCCAGAUGUGUAACCAGGCGCUGUUCGAGUUCCUGGCUCUCAACCUCCACUGUCUCCAAGGAAACCAGGCCGCCUUAACGUCCGUCAUCAACCACAGAAUAAGGAGGAUGUCCAGCGACAUGAGCCCCAGUCUGGUCAACUGGAUGACCUCCAUGAUGACCAUGAGGCUACAGGUGGUGCUUGAGCAUCUCCCCCUCACCUCGACCAACAUCCAGCAGUACAUCAUCCUGACCCAGACGGAGCAGGCCAGCGAUCCCCAAGGACCCGAGACCAAGCCUACUGAACCGAGCCAGGAGCCUCAGGAUGCCGCCGCCGCCGCGUCGGCUCCGCUGGCCAGCCGGACGUCGCCGACGGUGCUGCUCCAAACGUGGGCCGUGCCGCCUGAAACCAGGCCGUUGCCGUCGGAGACCAGGACGUUGCCGUCGGAGACCAGGACGUCGCUAGGAGACAGGGGGGCUUGUGGGGGAACACCCCUAGGGGGCGCGGUGGUGACGUCAUCGUCCUGGGCCGACGACGCAGAAUCUGAAUCCUGGGAGGCUACAGUACCCCCGGAGUGGGUGCCUAUCAUCAGGUGUGACCUUCUGACUCAGAGGAAGGUCAAAGGUCAGCCUCCCCUAUCUGACGCCUACCUGACCGGCAUGCCGGCCAAACGCAGGAAGACAGGCCAGGCAGGGGGCGCCCUCCUCUCCCUCUCCGAUGCGGUGAGCCAGGCCGCCCGGUCUGCCGGGGUGCGGCCCCUGAACCCCUCCGGCCUCCAGGAGGAGCUGGGCGGCCAGGAGCUCCAGGAGGCCUACUCAGACCAGGUGAAGUCCGACCUUAAAAGACGUGUGGAGGACGACCCCGACUUCAACGCCCAGCAGUUCCCCAACGCACACCAAGCAUUCUCUCCGGACUCCUAGCCUGCCUCCCAUGAACCCCUGACCCCUCGAUCAGCUGCAUCCGCUCGUCAUGACCCACAUUUACUUCAAUUUGUUUCCUUUUUGAUGCAACUCUGGGCCGCUGUGGUAACCCAGCGCUAAACUACGCUAAGCUACACUGCUUCCUGCCUUCCUGUUUGUUGUAGCCAGGAGUCACUUUUUCGGUUUUCUGUGUUUUUGUCUUAGUCCAGUGACACUGGAUGACUGAAGUUUUGUUGGACUUGCAGAACCAAAGUAAUAAAGCUUGUUACAAAAUUA